GAGCGUCAUGUCCGUGUUACCGGUGGUAACUACCUGUGGACAGCUGGAUUGAGUUAACUAGUCAGAAUACAUACCUGUGUUAUGAGAUAAACGUCCUUCCCUUCAAGUAAAAUGGUUUGUUGGAGCCUGUACAACAAGGUAGAAAAGUCUAUCGGUAACGGUUUUGCGAGGUAUGGAGAGCUAGUCGGUACAUACCCAUGGACUGUUCUGACAGUGUCGGUACUUGUGUCUAGUUUACUGGGUAUUGGAUUGGUCAAUCUAACGUUUGAAUCAGACGUAGAGAAGGUCUAUACACCCAGAGAUAGCCAGGCGUCACAGGACAGAACUACAAUACAAAAUCUGUUUGAUGACCAGUCUGGAGUGAAUUUUUACCAACGAAGCCUUGUCGAGGCAAACCGGUACGGCAGUGUCAUAUUCAAAAGCAAAAACACGUCCAAUCUUCUAACUGUUCCAUACAUACAAGAAAUCAAAUCGGUUUACGAUAAAAUAAGAGCCGGCGUUUUAGGCAAUGGAAGGAACUAUUCCCAGUUGUGUGCAAUGAGAGGAUCUAAGUGUGUUGUGGAUGGUGAUGUAAUUUUCUCGGCAAACUUUGAUCAGAUGCUCCAAAAUAACAAUAUAAGAUAUCCUAUUGCCGGCAACGUUUCCUUGGAACCUUUGUUUGGAGAUGUCAAUGUUAAUGCAGGGGUGUUAAGUUCAGCUAAAUAUAUCAAAAUUGCUUUCAACCUACGACAGGACAACAAGAAAAACCUGGAGGAUUCCAAGUCAUGGGAGAAAAAAUUUAUAUCCUACAUGAACAAUCUCCAGUCAACCUCACUGGAUAUUUCCUAUGCCCAUUCGACAUCCCUUGAUGAAGAACUGACAUCAAAUAUCAGUGGCGACAUACUGUUUGUAUCACUAACCUUCACACUCAUGAUCGUCUACGCUACCAUGGUAACGAUGACUUGUGACUGCUUACUCGACAGACAAAAUCUAGGACGAGCUGGCGUUAUUGCUACGGGACUCGGGAUAUUGGCUUCGUUUGGACUGGUCAGUGCUUGUGGAGUGGACUUCGUCGAUAUAGUAGGAGUGAUGCCCUUUCUAAUAUUAGGUAUCGGAAUAGACGACAUGUUCAUAUUGUUGGCGGGUCUAGCCGAAGCCCCGUUACAUGAAACACCUCCAAAACGUGUUGCUGAGACAAUGCGCACUAGUGGAGUGGCAAUAACAAUAACAUCACUUACUGACAUCAUAGCUUUUGGUGUUGGAGCGUCCUCUGUGUUCCCAGGAGUACGGAACUUUUGUAUAUACACAGGAAUUGCGGUUCUAUUCUGCUACCUCAACUUCGUGACAUUCUUCAUAGCCUGCAUUGCGAUCAAUGAGAGACGAGUUUCCGCCAACAGACAUUGCCUGUUAUGCUGCAAAACAGUAGAUAUGAAGGACCAAAUGACGACCGCUACCAAACUAAACCGGUUUUGCUGUGGUGGGACAGCCCCGACUUCUAUAUCACAGAUGCAGAGCCUACUGGAACGUAUACCUGGGUUAACGAUUAAUAAAUUUAUAACUCUUGUACCUGUCAAGAUAGUGACUUUAAUCUGUUUUGCGACUUAUUUUGGAAUUGCUAUUUGGGGAUCCACUCAAUUCAAGCAGGGUCUCGAUACGACAAAUCUUGUGUCAGACGAUUCUUAUUAUUUCACAUAUAACACUAGAAAUCGACAACAGUUUGUUCAGCGAGUACCGGUUUCAUUUGUUAUUGAUGGAGUUCUAGACUAUACCAAACCCGCUACGGUACGUGAAAUUGACAGCUUGAUCGCAAGUGUUCAAAACGACAGAAUUGUUGGUAACAAUAAUCUGGUUAUCAGCUGGUUUAAUAGUUAUAGAUUGUCUCCAAGUUAUAACAAUGCAAGCGAAUCUACCUUUAUUGCCAAUUUAAAAACAUUCUUGAAUUCUUAUGGUGAGUUUAAAAAUGAUAUCAAGUUUGACAAUGCAGGCACAAGAAUACGCGCAUCACGCAUGUAUGUGAUCACCAACAAUCUGGUUGAUUCAACUGAACAGGGAGAUUUCAUGACACGUAUGAGAAGUAUAACAGAAGGUUCCUCAUUAAAUGUCAUCGCUUACGCUCCAAGUUUCAUAUUCUAUGAACAGUAUGUUGCCAUUCUUCCAUCAACCCUUCAGACAGUUGGAAUAGCAGUUGCGGUAAUCUUUGUUGUAACUGCUUUGUUCAUGCCUAGUCCACUUCUGAUCAUCUACGUCACUGUUUCCAUGGUAAUGAUAAUGACAGGAAUUUUCGGCUUUAUGUAUUUUUGGGACCUAACUCUUAGCUCCAUCACAAUGAUACAUGUCAUAAUGAGUGUCGGGUUUUCGGUUGAUUUCAGUGCACAUAUCUGUCAUGCCUUUAUGACAGUUGAAGGUCAAACUCGUGACGAGAAAGUUAAAAAUGCCAUUUUACGCUCGGGGGGACCAAUAUGGAAUGGGGCGAUCUCUUCAAUCAUAGGAAUAAUUAUGCUUGUCUUCUCAAAAUCAUACAUAUUUCGGUCAUUUUUCAAAGUCAUGUUGCUUGUGAUACUGUUUGGAAUUGGUCAUGCGCUGUUUUUCCUUCCUGUUUUGCUCUCACUGGUUGGACCAAUGGAAAGCAAGAAAAGUGAUGAAAAUUCUGUAUCUAACGAUACCCGAAUGGAAAGUCGUGCAGGACAUGUUAAUGGAAAUUUUAAAAGCGAAAGGGAAGCGAAUCAUCCAGAGAAAUAUCUUUAAAGGUUUAAAAUUAAAAAAAAAAAAAAAGAAUGAAACGAUAUGACAUAAUAUACAUUAUAGAUAAAAUGAUAAACCGUGAGUUCUGUUAAAAAUAUUACAGCAAACUUCUAUCGUACAGCAUUGCUGUAUAUUCAAGGUUGCAAAAUACCCAAUCUCACAUUACCUGCGACAAUUUAGGUAUUAUAAAUGAAACAUAAAGGAUCAAAAACAAAUUCAGCAUAAUAGAUAUUUUUUUCUAUAUGUUUGAUAUAUUAAACAAACAAUGGGUUUUGCAACUUUUCUCUAUAAAUCUUACAAGAUGAUAUGGAUUUAAUAAUAGCCAUGAGGAAUUAUAUGUAUAUAUUUUUGUGACUUUUUGUUAAAAUUAUAGAUAUAUUGGCCUUUUGAGAUGUAUUCAACUAAAUGAAAGUUGCGUCCAGUAUAAAAUACUGUCUAUUCAAGCCGGUUUUUUUAAACUAAAAAGCAGGUUUGUUAAUAAUAUGUUUGAAUUGUGAUAUUUACUUAUUUAAUUAAUCUAUAUAUUGUGUGUUUAUUCAUUCAUCUGGAAGUUUGAAUUCUGGAUUCCGACAUUUUCCCCGGUACUGAUGAUGAAAUAUCCUACCCACAAUCCAAUAAUCCUAUCAACCAUCUAUUGUAUAGGUAGAUAAGGAUCUGCUAUACGGAAAAUAUCCACAUAUGUCAAUCAACCGCGAGAUCGUCUAUUUAUUGCUUGGACGUUAUUACUACAUCAGGAAAUUUCCAUUUGACAUCCCAGGUAUAUGCGACCUGUAUUAGUAGAUUUUUUGCCCUUUUGGUGGGACUUUGGGAUCCCCAACCCAAAGAGAGAUUUAUAAGGAAAAGAGGGAUUUCAUUGUCUUUUCCCCAAGUGAAUAAUCUUCUUUUUUAUCUGAUAUAUGUAAUAUUUACGAUACAUAAAUACAAGGUAUUGCAGAUUCGACAUGAUUAGUUCCUCAACGUUACGUUUAUUGUAUCGAUGACGUGUCUGGGGAACCCCAAUUUCAUCCCUAGGGGUAGAUGAGGAAAUCCCUUACACUGUAGGAAAAAUGGUGUUUCCUGCAUGAAUACCCAAAAAUAAAAUCACCUUUGUCAAGAGUAAUUUGUUUAAAAAUAUCAACUUGUGUUUUUUGAGUAUUGAAAUGAUAGCAUUUCAUUCUUUUUAUUUUGUUUAGAAACAAUAGCUGUGUUUAUUGAUUCAUGCCAGAUAAUACCAUUGUUUAAUAGAAAAUAUAUAAGUAACUUCGUCUUCGUUUUACGUGUUUAAUAGAGCUCGCUUGCAUUAAUGUAAUUUUGUUGCAUUUUGCUUAUUUUGUUAGAUUUUAAUUUAUUUAUAUCUUAUUAUAUAUAUUCACUUUGACAUUGUAAUACAUCCGUUUUACAAAUCAAUAAAAAUGGGAAAAAAA